AAAUGACCACAAACAAACGAUAAGAUGCUGCGAGUGUUUCGCCCUUUUUGGUGUCACGUGAACAACGCGAUCCUUAAAGUUCAAUAGGACUUCUGGGGAAUUCAACUAUUCAGUAAACAAUCAAAUCGAGUUGUAAUCCCUGGUCGAGACAGCGGUCCGUUGCAACGAACGGCCUAACACAAUCAACAUACUUCUAAGCCAAGAUAAGAAAGAUCUGAACAUGGGCUGCUCUUCAUCGUUAAGCCAGGCAAAUCUCCCUCGUACAAUGCCUCUAUCGGAGGCUCAGAAGUACCUCGUCCGUGAAACAUGGGAGACGAUAGAACCGCAGAAACAAACGGUCGGCAAAAAGGCUUUUCUCAGAUUUUUUGAUAUGAACCCCGACUAUCAAAACCUCUUCCCAGAGUUUAAGAGUCUAUCUUACGAAGAACUACAGAAGGCCAACGCCCUGCACGGACACGCCAAGCGGGUGAUGAAAGCCGUAGAGAACGCAGUCAUGUCCAUCGAUGACGUCAUGAGUUUCUCCGCGUACCUUGAGGAGUUGGGAAGGCGACACAAAACGCGGGCGCUCAAGCCAUCUUAUCUCGAGGCGAUGCAUGGCGCUCUUAUGGACACGUUACGUAACCUACUGCAGUCCCAAUGGACAGAGGAAACCGCCGAGGCCUGGAACAAACUUUUCUCUUUUAUAUCAACUACGAUGGUGCGAGGCCUGCAGAGCCGUGACUGAAGCAUGUCGGCGAUCACGUGACGUGUGUCUUCCUGGCGGUGACACUUCACGUUAUGCAUCCCAGGCAACCGUCACGUGAUGUGUCUCUAUAGUUACAGUCACCUGAUGUGUCUCUAUAGUUACAGUCACCUGAUGUGUCUCUAUAGUUACAGUCACGUGAUGUGUCUUCAUAGCUGUAGUCCCAGAUAGUCACGAGAUUAUUCUCCACACCACCUUACGCUGCUUGUUUCCAUGACGACAGGCAUUAUGUGUCUUCAUAGCGGCAGUACAUGAUUUAUACUAUGCUGCAAUUGAAUGAGUUUAGUUUGUAAAUAUUUAGCACACAAACAUCUUACUUAAAAUAAAUAACAUUGAAAAAAAAAGGAACAGUGAAACAUCGAAAUAUACUUUGUGCAUGCCCUGGCGGCCAUCAUCAAGUCCCAAACCUUUCCCAAGGGGCCCAGAAUAAAAAAUACAGUUCACGUCGGAUUUGUGUGUGUCAAGGCAAGUAUUAACAAAAACGACGAGUUUCUAGAAUGUGGACUUCGACUUAUUAGAGUGUGCUUUCUUAUAAAUAAAUAAAUAAAUCGCU